UGGCUGUUUAAACGCCAAUAUUUAAGCUGAAUAUGUGUGUCACUAGAUGGCGAUAUCCAGUUUUAGAACGCGCUAUCGUGUGUCGCUCAUGAAAUUAUAUAGUGCUUCAAAAUAUGUAAAGUUUUUUUGGCUUAACUUUUUGAUCAUUACACGGUUGUCACAAUUCUGAAGUUUAUAUUUCUGUUGGACCUCACGUGUAUUUUUGACAAUCAGCCGAUUGUUCAUGAUCCUUCGAGCCGGAUGGCUUGAUGGUUUGUGCUGCAGUAAGGCUUUCUCGUUCGCACCCAUGGGCAGUAGUUUGCUGUCAAGGGCGAACACUGUGCGUCCACUUGUUCUGGCUGUAACUACUUGUAUCAUACCAAACUUCAAGUUACGGUUUCAAAAGUUCAUAGAUCGCGCCUAAAAUAUAGUAGAUACCUGCUGAGACCAGUGACAACUAUACGCGCGCUCCAUAACUACAAGCUGUGACAACGAACGAGGGAGACCGAAGAUACAACGUGUGAGUGAGUGGCAUGUGCAUCUGUGAGUACUUUCAUACCUUCCGAUUCAGUGGUAGCAAAAUUGAACCUUAAAUACAAGAAGAUUUGGACUUUGAAAAUUUACUGUAGUUAUAGACUUAGAGUAAUUGUAAGAAAAGUGAACCUACGAGGAAUCCAUGCCCAAUUCCCUUCAGGUUUUAGUACGACAAGGUUCUACACACUUGCAAAAUUUUACGAUUUGUUCUUCGACUUAGAAAAUUUUUCUCUCAAUUUAUUUUCAACUUGUAUUUUUUUAUUUUUCUGUUGUGUUGUAACUGAACCUAUACACCAUGGAGUCUUUAAUUAAACUUCAAAUUAACGCAAAUAAAGCUAUCAAUAAGGCUUUUGUUAACUUUAAAAAGUCGCCAAAGGAGCGUUUAACCGCGGGUUAUUUAGAAGCUAGACUCGAAGCGUUGGAGUCGCAGUGGUGUAUAUUUUCGGAAAAUCACAGUAAACUUAUAAGUGAUUAUAAUAGCAAGGAGUUAGAAAAAUAUGAUGAAUGCAAUGUGUAUGAAAUAACCGAAGAGCUGUAUUUCGAUUAUAAAGCUGAACUCAAAGAUAAAUUGAACCAAAUACAACUUCUUGCGCCUACCAUUUCUGAUGCUAACUACAGUAACUCCAAUGCUAACUCCAAGCAACAGUUUAAUUGUAAUGUGAAAUUACCUAGAAUUACAAUUCCCACAUUUUCUGGUAGUUACGCCGAGUGGACAAGUUUUAGAGAUUUAUUUAUGUCACUCGUGCAUACUAACAAAUCAUUAGAUAAUGUACAAAAAUUACAUUACUUAAAAACUUAUUUGUCUGGUGAAGCCGACCAACUAUUGCGACAUGUCUCAAUCACUAGCGACAAUUACGAGGUUUGCUGGAAUCUAUUGAAUAAUAGAUACAAUAAUAAAAGAUACAUUGCUAAUACAGUUUUAAAGAGGUUUAUGAGUCAAAGAACUAUAUUCACUGAAUCUGCAACUGCAUUAAAAGAGUUAUUGGAUACCAGCAACGAGUGUAUUAACGCUCUUAAAAAUUUAGGGCUAUCAACUGAUGCGUGGGACUUGAUCGUAAUAUAUAUUUUAAGUUUGAAGCUGGAUAAUGAGUCGCGUAAAAUGUGGGAGACUAAAGUCAGUGAGUCUCAGGAUGAUUUACCAACCUACAAACAGUUUGCAGAUUUUUUGCAACAAAGAUUUAGAUCGUUGGAGUUUUUUGAUAAUAAAUCUUCCAAAAACAUUGUAAAGGCUAGGGUUUUACAUGUAACUGAAUCGGUUGAGUGCCCGUUCUGCACCGAGAAUCAUAAGUUGUUGAAUUGUAAGAAAUUUAGCAAGGAAGAUACAGAUGCACGCCGUAAUUUCGUUCAAUCUCAGAAAUUAUGUUUCAACUGUUUUGGACAAAAUCACACUGUGUAUACAUGUCGCGCACCAUCUAAGUGUAGAAUUUGCCAUCGAAAACAUCACUCGUUGCUUCACAUUCGGAAUACACCGUCAACAGCGAGUAAUGUAUGUCAGGUACCAAGUGAAGGAAAUUCUUCAGAAUUAAAUAAAGAAAAAGAAAAACCAGAUGAACCGUGUAAAAAUAUUAUUUCUUGUCAUAUUAAUGCCCAAAGUCACGUUUUACUAGCGACGGCUUUGGUAAGAGCUAUAUCACAAUCAGGCAUAUGCGUAACUUUACGGUCUCUUUUAGACCAAGGUUCUCAAUCUUCGUUCAUAACUGAGGCAGCUGUACAGCUACUUGGUUUGUCGAAGAAGCAAUGCAAGAGUUACGUGUCGGGUUUAGGAGGUGACCAAGAUUCUAUGGUGACGUCAAAAUAUGUCGUCUAUUUUAAAAUUCAAUCACUGAUAAACCCUAGUUUUGUGAUGCAAGUUAAGGCCCAUGUACUGAAAAGUAUCACCACAUUGCUGCCUGACAAGGAAAUUGCAGUGCAGGGGUGGUCAAACAUGCCAGUGUUAAAAUUGGCAGACCCAACUUUCAACACACCUAAUAAAGUUGAUAUACUUUUAGGAGCAGAAGUAUACUGUCAAAUUAUAGAAGAAGGCUUUAUUAGGAGUGGCCCAGAGAUGCCAGUAGCCCAAAAUACUAAAUUGGGAUGGAUUUUAUCUGGAAAGGUGUCAACAACGGGUUAUGGAAAUACUAAAAGUUUUCAUACUACUGUUCGAUGCAUGCAUGCAGUAGGAGAAAAUAGUCUAUUGCAAAAAUUUUGGGAACUGGAAGAAGAACCAACAUUGAGUGAAGAAAGAAAAUGGUCAGAUGAAGAACAGAAGUGUGAAAAGAUAUUCAUAAGCACGACAACAAGAGAUUCUGAAGGAAGAUAUGUCGUCAAGCUCCCUUUUCGGAGUGAAGAUCCGCAAUGUCAAUAUGGUAAUACAUUGGCUAUUGCUUUAAAAAGAUUUGAAUAUCUUGAAAAAAGAUUAUCAAGAAAUCUUGAAUUGAAAAAACAAUAUACAAAUGUAAUUAAUGAAUAUGUUGAGUUAGGUCACAUGGAGAUAAUUCCUGAUCUUGAUAUAAAACCAACAUUUGUGUAUUUGCCUCAUCAUGCGGUGGUGAGAGAAGAUAAGACAACAACAAAAGUAAGAGUUGUUUUUGAUGCUUCGUGCCCUGGAAAAAAUGGAGUGUCUCUGAAUAGUGAGUUGAUGAUAGGUCCAAAAUUACAACCGGACUUACGUCAUAUUAUUAUGCGUUGGCGUAUGCAUCCAAUUUGUCUUUGCUCUGAUAUUGUAAAAAUGUACAGACAGAUCAAAGUUACUGAAAAAGAUGCAAAUUUUCAGUGCAUUGUUUGGCGUGAAAAUCCGGAAGAUAAUGUGAAACAUUUACGCAAUUUAAGGGUUACGUUUGGAACUGCAUCAGCUCCUUAUUUAGCUGUGCGAGCUUUACAACAAGCUGCUAAGGAUGAAGCAGAACAUUUUCCGAACACUUAUCAAAAGGUGUUGGAUGAUUUUUAUAUGGAUGACUUGUUGUCUGGUUGCGAAAAUAUAGAAGAAGGAGAAAAGUUAUAUAAAGAAAUUAAAGAAUUGUUAUGCAGGGCUGGGUUUGAGCUCCAAAAAUGGACGAGUAACAGUAAAAAAUUGAUGGAAACUAUAAAUGAAAAGCAAUUAAAUGAAAAGAUCAAUUUAAAAGUUGAUGCUGUUAUCAAAAUAUUAGGUCUCAGAUGGAAUCAAGAAUCUGAUAAUUUCGAAUAUUCUGUAAAGAUUCCAUUUUCUGACGUAUCUAUCACUAAACGCAAGGUUAUAUCAGAGAUUGCUAAGCUAUUUGAUCCAUUGGGUUGGUUGGCACCUGCAAUUAUUGUUACUAAAAUAUUCAUACAAAAAUUAUGGAUAUCAGGGAUUGGUUGGGAUGAUUUAUUGCCUGAAAAUCUAUUAAAAGAAUGGAUUUCAUAUCGUAACGAACUUUUAUUGCUGCAAGAUGUUACAAUACCCAGAUGGAUGAAUACUUAUCGUAGUGAUAAACAACGAGAGCUUCAUGGGUUUUGUGAUGCUUCAAAUGAGGCUUAUGCAGCUGUAGUUUAUAUGCGUGCAGUCGAUAAAGAAGGCAAUGUAGCAGUUCAUUUAAUAACAUCCAAAACCAAGGUUGCUCCAAUCAAACAGGUUUGUAUUCCUCGGUUAGAAUUAUGUGGAGCUGUUCUGCUGUCUAGACUAUUGCAAGAAGUUUCGACAGUUUUGGAUAUACGCAAGGAAAAUAUUUAUGCAUACACGGAUUCUACUGUGGUUCUAGCAUGGUUAGGUUCUUAUCCCGGUAAAUGGAAAACAUUUAUUGCAAACCGUGUUUCUGAAAUUUUAUCAACUAUGGAUAGAAAGCAAUGGAUUCAUGUAAAAUCUCUUGAGAAUCCCGCUGAUAUUGCAUCACGCGGCGUUAAACCUUCAGAAAUGAAGAAUGCUACGAUGUGGUUUACUGGUCCAUGUUGGCUGAAAGAAAAGCGUGUUAUUAGUAAAAAUGUAGAUGAAACAUUUGAUACAGAUAUAGAAAAAAAGGUCUGUCAUGUUGAAGUUAAUAUAGGAGAAGAAAUUAAUAAAGUUGAAAGUAACAUUAUUAACAAGUUUUCGUCUUUAAGAAGGUUAGUCAGAGUAAUAAGUUACUGUAGACGAUUUCGUAAAAUAAGAAGUGUUACUGAAAAAUGGUUAACAAGUGACGAAUUGAGAGAGUCAUUAAAUAUAUGCAUAAAAAUAGUGCAAGGUGAAGGUUUCAAGACAGAAUUAAAGGAUUUGAGAAAAAUAGGAUUUGUAAAUAAAAAAAGUAAACUUACUGUUUUGAACCCGUUUCUAGAUGACACUGGAAUUUUAAGAGUUGGUGGACGCUUAGAAAGAGCUCAAUUAAAUGUAUCUGCUAAGCAUCCAAUUAUUUUACCUGAUAAAUCCCAUUUCUCUUCUUUGAUUAUUGCGGAUGCUCAUGAAAAAACGAUGCAUGGUGGACCGCAGCUCACUCUUAAUUAUCUAAGGUCUCGAUAUUGGAUAUUAAAUGCAAAAAAUAAUGUCAAGGCAUUUAUUAGAAAAUGUGUCACGUGUAUACGUUAUGCAGCGAGCACACGAGAUCAACUUAUGGGGCAGUUGCCAAAUGCAAGAGUGGAGAUGUGUAGACCUUUUUAUAGAACUGGUGUAGAUUAUGCUGGUCCUAUAAAUAUUCGUGUGUCCAAGGGAAGAGGAAAUAAGUCGUAUAAGGGUUACGUGUGUUUGUUUGUAUGUAUGGCUACACGCGCAGUGCACCUAGAAGCAGUAAGUGAUAUGACAAGUAGCGGAUUUUUAGCAGCUUUCAGACGUUUUGUUGCUAGACGUGGCUAUUGUGCUGAUUUAUAUAGCGAUAAUGGCACGAAUUUCAUAGGUGCUGCUAAAGAAUUACAGGUGUUGUUUUUAAGCGAGAAGUCUAAUUUUAUAAAUGAAGUAGGUGAGGCUUUAGCAAAUGAUAAUACAAAAUUUCAUCUGAUUCCCCCACGGGCUCCUAAUUUUGGAGGGUUGUGGGAAGCAGGGAUAAAAUCUACUAAAUAUCAUUUAAAAAGAGUGAUCGGACAGUCUACUCUUACUUAUGAAGAGUUGAGCACAGUCCUCACUCAGAUUGAAGCGUGUCUCAAUUCAAGACCAAUUUCGCAAUUAAGUACCAAUCCUCAUGAUCCGUUUCCUCUUACUCCUGGUCAUUUCUUGGUUGGAGAACCGUUGUUACUUGUGCCUGAUGUGAAUUAUGAACAAUCGAAUAUUAGUAGUCUUAAAAGAUGGCAAUUCACACAACGUAUGGUGCAAGACUUUUGGAGAAGAUGGUCCCAGGAAUAUUUAAUACAAUUUCUGAAUAGGUAUCGUUGGGCUUAUCAAAAGCCAGAACCUAAUAUAGGUGAUAUAGUUCUUGUCAAAGAAGACGGUUUGCCACCGGGAAAAUGGUUAUUUGGCUUGAUUGUGCAGAAAUUUCCGGGAAUGGACGGUAUUACACGUGUAGUAAAUAUUAAAUGUAAGGAUUCUGUUAUAAAAAGGGCAGUUAGUAAGCUUUGUGUUCUUCCUGUCACAGAAUAAGAGGUUUUUUUUAUUAUUUAGUUGUGAAUUAGUGUUCAUUGUUAUGUUUUGUUUAUGUUUCAGUGAGUAAAAUGACUUAUUAAAAAGUCAUUAUUUAGUUAUAGCAAUUGAUGUUGUUAUCUUUUUUAAGUAAGUUGUAAUAAUUUUCACUCACCAUGUGAUUGUGAUUAGAUUACAGUCCACUUUGUUUAUCCAUACUCAUUUCAUGGUGGGUGGUAUCAUAAUUUUGAGUUAUUUUAAUUAUGGACAUUCUGUCCAUGGUGGGCGGAAUGUUUAAACGCCAAUAUUUAAGCUGAAUAUGUGUGUCACUAGAUGGCGAUAUCCAGUUUUAGAACGCGCUAUCGUGUGUCGCUCAUGAAAUUAUAUAGUGCUUCAAAAUAUGUAAAGUUUUUUUGGCUUAACUUUUUGAUCAUUACACGGUUGUCACAAUUCUGAAGUUUAUAUUUCUGUUGGACCUCACGUGUAUUUUUGACAAUCAGCCGAUUGUUCAAUGGCCAUAUUCCUAAUUUGGGAUAUUAACGCAUUCAUAUUUUUGUAGAGCUAAGCAAAUUCAUGGCAUUGAAACAAAUUUCAACAAAACAACAAAAUUGCAAGUAUACAAAAUUGCAAUAUAUAUACUGAUAUAUAUUGCAAUUUUGUAUACUUACCUAAUCAACAAAUGCGUAUAAGAUCAUGUUUUUAUAUGGGAGAGUGCAAUAUCCAGCAGUAGUAAGCUUUAAGUGGGUGUUAUCAGUAAUG